GCUAGGUGUCGUGGGUGUAAGCGACCACUCGAUGUAAACACCUAGCAUGGCACCUCAGGCGGAGCUUCGUGAGGAGAAGACACUUCAGGCCGUUGUGCUGACCGAUAUCUAUCAGGAACAUGACCAGCCAAUCACCCAAGAUCUACCUAAGGUGCUUGUUCCCCUCGUUAACACACCGCUGCUUGAUUAUACCUUGGACUGGCUGGAACGUAGCGGUGUGGAUGAAGCCAUUGUCUAUUGCCGCACACAUCCCCAUUCUGACAUGAUUCGUCAACAUUGCCGGGGAUUUGCAAUGCGUCGUGGGGACUGUGGACUGAAAAUAUCCGUUGUGACUUCUGAAGACUGUCAUUCAAUGGGCGAUGCCAUGAGGGAUUUAUAUGCAAAAUCUCUCCUGAAGGAUGACUUCUUCCUUGUACAUGGAGAUGUGGUGGCAACACUUGACCUCAAGGCUCUCAUGACAAAACAUAAGGAAUAUCGGGCAGCUGACAAGAGUGUCAUCAUGACGAGUGUGUAUGUGAACAAUGAAGAGGAGUAUAUUGGAGAUAAGGAAGCAACAGCUACACUAAUCACUAAUUCUACUACAGGCAAGCUGCUGUGCCAUAAGCGUCCCUCCAACAACUUAACUAAAUUCAACAUUUCCACUGAGCUCUUUCAAAACAGCAAUGAACUACAAGUGAUGCCUGUGGUGCAUGACCCCAACAUUGCUGUGUGCUCUGAGGCCGUUCCCUCUCUCUUCUCAGACAAUUUUGACUAUGCAAACCGGGAUAAUCUGAUUCGAGGAGUAAUUGAACAAGAAGAGCUCCUUGGAUACACCAUUCGUUGUGAGAUCCUUGACGCAGGAUAUGCCACAAGGGCUUCAUCCUUCCGUCUGUAUGAAAAAGUGAGUGGUGAAGUCAUCCGUCGUAUGGCCUACCCCAUGGUGUCUGAGGUGAGCUUAACGAGCCACCGUAUCCGUUACACAUAUGACACCUUCACCAACAAUUACUGGGAACCCUCUGCCAAGUUUCACAAAGGAUGCGGUGGCACCAAUGUGGUGGUGGGAGCCGGUUCUGAAGUCAGCAUGACAGCUCAGCUUCAAUGGUCGGUAGUGGGUGAUCACUGCAUCGUUGAGGACAAUGUUAAGGCACAAUCAGCUUUUAUUAUGAAUAAUGUUCACAUUAAGGCUGGCUGUGUUUUAAAACAUUGUUUUCUUGGAAACAAUGUAACUUUGGAGGAGAAUGUGAAACUGUCUCCAGGAUGCAUGGUAGGAGCUGGGGUCAUCCUUGGUCCAAACAUCACAGUGCCACCUGCAACCUAUUUUAUCGCUACACCACCCAAAGAUGAGUUUAACCUGGAGACUAUUAGUCAAGAACCUGAUCUGAGGAUUUGUGGAACCAAGGGACAUGCCUUUGAAGUCGUACGAGAAGUCGGAGACCUGGCUGAGCAAGGAUCAGAUGGUGACUAUGUGGAAGAUUUAGAAGAGGAGGAGGAAGACAGUGAAGAAGAUAUGUCCGACUCAGCACCGAUGAGUGAUGAAGAUGAACAUCGUGAGCACGAGUUCAAACGUGAGAUGAUGGAAAGCCUGGCAAAUGCUCUGCGUGAGUCGUCAGCGGCAGAAAAUGUGGUCUUAGAAAUUAAUGCCUCACGUCACGCUUAUAACAUGAGCAUGGAAGACGUUCUAACUACUGUGACGCAGGGCAUAAUUCGUGUUGGUGGUGAAGAUAAAAACUCAGGAGACGGCAGCUCAGAGAAUUUAUGGCGGGGCAUCAAGCUCUCUAUUACUGCUUUCACUGAUGUCCUUAGAAAUUAUAUUCGCAAGGAUAGAGACCAGGUGUUAGUUCUUAAUGCUAUAGAGUUACUAUUUUCUGAGUCGGCCGAGUACUUACCAGUUGCCCAAAAGAUCCUCUAUGAACUGAACCAGACUCAUGAAAUCCUGGAUGAUGAGGUUGUGGUUCACUGGUUCAAGAGGGGAGGUGCUUCAACCUCUGCAUUUCCUGCACUUAAACAAGCUAUAACAAGAUUUAUAGAGUGGCUGGAGCAGGAGGAUAGUGAUGACGACGACAGUGAUACGUAGUACCGACAGUACUUUACCUGACGACUGAAGGUUCUCAAGUUACGUUAUCAUUAAUUUUUUCAAGGACUGCUUAUCAAAGUUAUUAGAUUAUAAUUUCAAGCCAUAUACUUUAAAAAAUUUACGGAUUCAUUGUUAUGAGUAGUAUAACGUACAGUAGAUGAAACCAAGAGAGGCGGUUGUGAUGGAAGGAGGGAGUGGAAGCCCCCAGUAAAUUUAACCAGUAUUAUCUCCACUCUUGUACAAUCACUAUUAGUUACUUUUAAGAGUAUGUAGUGUCAUCAACUGAUAUGGAUUCAUUCAAGUGAAGGAAAUAAAAUUAUUAAAUAAAAUGGUAUGAAAACUUA